GCCGGGAAAUGGAGCAGCUAUCAGACUCGGACCACCGCGAUUCUGCUGAUGCAACUACUAGCUCAUGUCAAUCCACCACCGCAGAAGAUGGUCAAUGCGGCGGCGGCGGAGAAGCAAUGGCUCGAGGCUUAUCAGCGAUGCUCGAGUCCGUCAUUAAAGACUUUGACUCUAAAGCUCUUGACACGCUCAAUAGCCAAGAUGAACUCUCCGGUUCUCUCGAUCGCCUUGUCCAAGAGCUAGAUCAAUUACUGGAAAACGCUCCAUUGCCAUUCAUUGUACAACACGCAUCGAGAAUUUCCAGCGUCAAACAAAGAGUUUCAUCUCUGAAUCUUGUUCUUAAAUCUGUCCAACGACGUAUCGAUAACAUCGAUCACAUGCUCUCUGCCAACACCACGCAAGAGAAAGCAUCCUCGGAAACUACAUGAUGACGAAACACUUACUCACUCUCUGUUACUCUGUCACUCUCAUCUUCGGAUUUGGGAGCAAACCCAAAGAGGUGAGUGUUUUUGUACAAGCGCAAGUGUUUUCUCAUAUUGUUGUGUUAUUGGGCUUUUAAGUGGGCUUUUAUUGGAUCAGUUCGUUUCUAGUUUAGAAUACCCAAGUUUCAUUUUUUUAUUUAGAUUGUUUUAUUAUAAUAGAUAAGUAAUUGUUAUUUUGUAUCGUUGCAAGCUCUAAUUCGAUGAACCACAUGGUCCAUCAAUCAAUCAUGUAGAACAGAAUUUUCAAGUGAAUAUGUCGGGUCGUUUUAUUUUAUUUUAUUUCGUUUUGGUUGCAUUGUUGCCUUGUUGGUAAUAGGCUUUACAAAAAUUAAUAUCUAAUAAUCAUAAAAUCUUGUCACGUGGGUCUACGACAAAAUCGAUAGGAGGAUGCCCGUAUAUAACAGAGUCACGUGUCUUCUGCGCUGGGUCACGUGAUUGAAUGCCUAUAUAAUUGGAUCUCGUAGGCUUUUAGUUUUUAGAUGUCCUAGUGCUCUCUCUGUAGACUACAAGCUUUUCAUAAGGAGGAGACUACAUGGGCCACAACUUUCUUUAGUUGAUCGAUAAUUACUAUCUUCCUUCUAUAAAGAACCAUGUUUUUUUCAUUAUUAUGAUUAAACUUUCUAUUUAUGUGAACGAUGAUGAUGGGUGUGACUUGUAAGGGUGUUAAUAGUUAAUGAUGAUGCAGAAGAAAAG